UUCCAGUCUUUCCAAUCAACAAUGUCAAAACUGUAGUCAUGUGUUUGGAAUAACAAACAUGGCGGCUGUGAUAAAAGACGUUGGAGAAAUAUGGACUAGGUUGUUUGAUCAUCGACCGUUCAUCCAGGGCGAAGUCACAUUUUUUUUGCGAGAGUUCCAGGAUAAAAGGAAUAACAGAGAGGAAUCUCGACUUCAAGAAGUUCUGCUCUACACAAAAGAACUUGAAUACCAUAAAUUAGAUUAUACUGAAGAAUUAGGUGAUAAUCAUUUGCCAAGUUUAAAAGCAAAUGUAGAUGUUGCACUGAUUAUGUGCGAUUGUGUUCUGCAAAAGGAAAAUGAAUUUGAUAGUGAAAGCAAACUAAAAAAGAAUAGAGAAAUACGUAAAUUAGAAUGGGAAAAGUUUAUAAAUGAUAUGAGUGAUAAAUGUGUAAGAGUUGACGAAGAAUUUCAUAGCAAAGAAAAAGAGCUUGAAGAAUUUUAUGCAGAUCUAGAAAAGAAGCUGCAUUUAGUUCCUUAA